CAUUUUGAAGGAAACCUGGGGUUUAGUAAAUCUGACCUGUCCGGCUCCGCAAUUAUCGUUGUCGUCAUUCUACCGCCGGACUAAUUCACCCCUCUCGAGACACUCUCUUAUACUUCCCGCCAGUGAAGCGCGUGAUGAUCGAACAGGUACUCGGCAUUUGAGUGACUCGGCCUGUGACCAUUGUAAUGCCGCAAUGACUCUCUGAUUGUCACGCAUCGCCCCCAGUCGAUCAUUGUCCCUUUCGCACUGCGCGCUCUUCACUAGCUGUCAAACCGCAAGGUGGACGCUUAAACUCCCGGGUUAGUCGGGGGUGGAAUACCUUUGUGAAAAUUUGUUUAUUGCAGGCGAUGAUCAAUUUCUUUUAAUUUCCGACUCGAGUGAUUCUUCCCAGCAUGGCGUCAGAUACCGAGCAGCGCGCGUCGCAGUCGCCGGUCGCAGCCGGCGCAGGUGAAUCACACUUUGACGGAUCGUCUCCGGAUACCUCCCUCGACCCUUCAUCACUUCCUCAAGCCGUUAAAGCGAGAAAAUCAGAGUAUACAACUCAACAAUCUAUUCGUAUCAAGGUCGGAACGUGGAACGUGGCUGCUAUCCCAGGUACGGAAGAAGACAUCGGAAAGUGGUUUGUACAGCGAGAGGGUAUCUGCGAACAGCUCGCCGGACUAAGGGUCUCCGGCCUAGAAGAAGCCCCCGGUAAAGUGGGUGAUGAUUCUCGAAAUGAAACUGGUUCUGAGUCCGAUCAAGUCGGACUGUAUGUUCUUGGGUUGCAAGAGAUUGUAGAUGUUUCUUCCCCAGCGGAGACCUUGAGGCCCUACGUUGAUCCUGGGCCGGCAAAUAGGUGGAAGGCUGCGGUCCAGAACGCUUUGCCUUCAAGCUACCAGCUAGUCGCAGAAUCACAGUUGGUAGGCCUUCUAUUGUUGGUUUAUGCCUCUCCUUCUCUUGCCGAAUCUGUAUCAUCGGUCAGCUGUGCCAACGUCGGCACAGGCCUAUUUGGGUACAUGGGCAACAAAGGCGCUGCCAUAGCGCGCCUGAUGCUGGGCGAGACCACAUGCCUCGUCUUUGUUAACUGCCACUUGGCAGCUGGGUCGGAUAAAAACAGCCUAGAACGGCGGAACUGGGAUGUCUCACAAAUCAUUCAACGAACAAAGUUUGACCCAAUCGAUACUGAAAGUGCGCUUAGGGAUGAGCCUACUGAGAGUAUAGGAAAAGAAGAUAUCACAUUCUGGUUCGGAGAUCUUAAUUACAGACUAGAGGAUAUACCUGGUGAUGAUGUGCGACAAGUUCUUGCUCGACAUGUCGAGAAUGAAUAUGACAAACAACAUAAGUCCGUAGAUGUGACCGAUGAAGAUGAGUCGCAGGAAUCACCAAAGCAGACGGACAAGGCGAGCAAACCUCCCCCGCCAGUCUCCGAUGAGGCUGUGGAUCCUCACACAGACCCAGCUUCUUUACAAACCACUAUUUCAUCUUUACUUUCUCACGAUCAGCUCCGCUUACAACAGCACAAACAAAAGGCAUUCCACGAAGGAUGGCGGGAAGGUAGCAUUUCAUUCCUGCCGACAUACAAGUAUGAUGUGGGAAGCGUCGCCAACUUUGAUUCGAGCGAAAAGCAUCGGGGCCCUAGCUGGUGUGAUAGGAUCCUUUACCGAACACGCCUUGACAUGCUAAGACAUGAGCAAUUAGUCAAGGAAACCGAUGAAGCUAGGAAGCGUGACGAAGAAAUGAAAGCUAGGGGACUGGAUACGGCAGCAGCAGAUGACAAUGUUCUGUUUGACUAUGAUCCAGAUGUUGAUGGUGCAGAUAGCGCAGAUGAAUACGACCCAUCUAAAGAUGAUGCGAGUGAUGAGGUGUCUUACAAUUCGCAGGGUGAACCAGACCAGUCACUCAAGCUUGAUUAUUAUAUAUCGCAUCAAGGGAUCCUCUCCUCUGACCACAAGCCCCUAGCAGCCGGGUUCACAUUAACCUAUGAAUCCGUUGUCCCCCAGUUAAAGGCCAAAGUUCACCAGGAAGUAAUUCGAGAUCUAGACAAGACUGAAAACGAGUCUCGGCCUAGUUUAACGGUUGUGGUGGAUUCUCACGGCCAUGAGGACAAAAUGAAGGAUCCAAAUGCAUUGGAUUUUGGUGACAUACCGUUUGAUGUACCUAUAACUCGAUCACUGACGGUUGCGAACACCAGUGGUGUGCCUGCAGCUUUCUCAUUCGAGAAGCCCGAGCAAGGGGAAAGUUGUCAUUAUCACCCGUCUUGGCUUGAGUAUCAAAUUGAGCCGCCUCACCACGAUGACUCGGAAGAACAGACUAAGUCACGUCUACAAGAGUGUACAUUACUACCUGGAGAGCUCACUAACAUCGAGGUGACUGCAUGCGUCAAAGACAUUGAAUUGGUGCGUCUGUUGAAUCAAGGACAAUUGAAGCUAGAAGAGGUUUUGGUCCUUCGGGUGACUAACGGCCGUGAUCAUUUCAUCUCUGUAUAUGGGGAAUGGUUGCCCACCUGCUUUGGGCGCAGCUUAGAAGAACUUACCGUCAUGCCAGAAGCCGGUGCGCGAACAUUACCUGCUACACAAAUAACUCGACGCCAGAUGAAUGAAGUGAGCAUACCUCUGUCCGCCCCGCGAGAACUUUUCCGCUUGACAGAAUCGAUAUCGGAGUUGUCUGAACGCGCUAUUGCGGAAUGGAGCAUGAUCAGAGGCGAGUCAGAUGACUCACCACCGUGGGUUAAAGAGCCGCACGGGUUUGCAUGGCCUUUCGAGCCAGAGUCAUGGACUCUGACGGACAAAGAAGAACGUUUAUCCCUUUUAGCAUCUGUCCGCGAAGCCUUGGACACCAACAAACCUUUCAAUCAUGUCUUCCCACCUGAGGUGUCCUCACUCCACCGCUUAGAGAUCUUGGGCGAGACUCUACUGGUAUUCCUCAAAUCUUUGAAGGAUGGGAUCGUCACAGCCGCUGUCUGGCAAGAUCUAGAACAACAAAUUCUUUCUCGUGAGAAGACCAAAGCACCUCUCCUAUCGUGGGAAGAAUUCCAAGCCUGGGUGCUAGAGAGACUUGCAUAUUCCCCCGCCCACAGUGUCUCCUUCACCUUCGUCACCUUUAUGCUUGCUCGCAUCGCCAACGAAGUCGCCCCAGUAACAUCUGCCCCCCCACGAAACAUGAACGAAAAGUCAUCCGACGAGCAACCUAACGCCAACACCCAACCUAUCACACCAACCGCCGCGGCGUUCGCCGCAGCGGGUAAUUUCCGACGGCGAACCCUCACCUUUACAUCGCAAAACAUACCACAACCCACCGCUAAUCCCCUAGCGAUCCGACGACAAGCCGUCGAAACCGCCCUAGCGGGUAUAUUCUCCACUGUCCUUAUCUCUGCUGACAUCUCUGUCCCAACAAAGGACAAGGAACGACGAGCAUUGGAGGACAGGAAACGAAGUAUAAUCGAGCCUUUCUUAAAGACCAUCGGAGUGGAUAAUAAAGGUCCCUCCGGUGGUUGGACUUGACAUAUUAUAUAGUGCGUGUCAUAGAUAUACACCCAGUUAUUGUCGUUUUGUAUCCUCUACACUUUGCGUUUUCUUUGAUAAAUUCGGGUGUUGUGUUUUAC